AUGGUAGUAACGGACUCUUCCGAGACAGUCCGUAACCAACGACGACAAUUGGCCCAUGCAUUGCAAGCACUUCAAGUAUACAAUCCCGACUUUUCUUUAACCCCUGAAGUCCUAGAAAUCAUGCGUGCUAUUUUUGCCGACCUACGACCGGAUGAAGAAGGGACGAUCACUCGUGGGGCACUUGCCGAUGAGAUUGCACGAUUAGAUCCGAGUAUUGACUCCAAACGUCAGUUUAUGCGACAUGAUAGGACAAGACGAGACGAACGACUUGAUUUUCCUGCGUUUUGUGACUGGAUCAUGCAGUGGAAGGCACAAAAUCCACAAUCGGUACAAAAUGUGUACACAUCCUGGACGACCCAAAUUGCAGCCGCCAUGAGUGAAAGUGAUAGUCUUUUUUUUAAUCUUAAGUCCGAGGAGGAAUUAUCCAAUGAAAUGCUUACAAUGGAAAUCAUUCAAUUAUUGCAGAGGCGACAGGUGACGCAGAGGUUGCACGAAGGUAUUGACCACGACGAGAGUCUCAAAUACGAAGACUGUGAGGCAUCGAUUACUGGCUAUGGUAUUCGUUCAGACGAUCCAUUUCAAGCAAAUAGUACCAAGUUGAACCAUGCCGAUGCAGCAGAUGCAGCAGCGAAGAAAGGAUCCAUGCAGACCGUGUCCAAGUCGUUCAUUGCAGGAGGCAUGGCGGGUAUUGUAGCAAAGUCGACUUUGGCUCCAUUGGAUCGAAUCAAAAUUCUAUUUCAAGUCAACGACCAGCGGAAAUUUAGUUUUCGUAAUGCUGCUAGGAUGGCUAAAAAUAUUUACGUGCACGACGGCUUUCACGCUCUUUUCCGAGGGAAUAUGCUGAAUAUCUUGCGAGUGAUUCCAUAUGCCGGGCUGCAGCACUCAGGGUUUGACUUUUUUCGGCAUAAGUUCCACGCGUACAAUUAUCGAAAUGCAGAGAGAGAAGGGAGUAAUGAAGUACCGAAACUCAGUAAUUUGCAGCUUGUGACGGCCGGGUCGCUGGCAGGAGGAGUUUCUUUGGUUUUGGCAUACCCGCUGGAUAUUGUACGGGCGAGGUAUAUGGUGCAAAUGGGGAAGCAUCGCUACACUAGUAUCUACGACGCUGUAGUCACGAUGUACAAGGUGGACGGUAUGCGGUCGUUUUCGCGCGGACUUGUACCGUCAUUGAUGGGCACGCUGCCGUAUACUGGAAUUGGUUUUUCCCUGAAUGAGCGAUUUAAGAUAUGGACGCUCGAGUUUCAGCGUCGUCGGUUGAAACAAAAUGGUGGCGAAAACGCACCCGAGCAAAGAUUGAAUGCGUUUACUAAAUUUGUGUGCUCGUACUUUGCGGCAUGUAUCGCACAGACCAGUACAUAUCCUCUGGAUACCAUUAGGAGGCGUAUUCAGACGGACGGUUACGUAUCAGGAUCCCAGGCAAAAUUGCAAUAUACGGGUGUAGCUGCUACUGCACGAAUUAUUCUGGCGCGUGAAGGCUGGCGGGGCCUGUUCAAGGGCGUGUCAGUAAACUGGAUGCGGAGCCCAGUAUCAACCGGCAUCAGCUUAACGACAUACGAUAUUCUGAAGGAGGUAAUGGGAGUUGAAAAGAUAGAGUAA